ACCCGGUACUAGCAAGGUGUACCUAAUAAAGUGGCCGGUGAGUUUAUAUUACCUACUGUAUCUUAAAGAUAAUAAUUAUGGUUACUAAUUUCUAUUCAAUCAACACAUUUUUUUUUAUCAAAUAUUGUGUUGUAUGAAGUUUUUUAUGUGUGAAUGUUGAUUGUUAAAGGUCACAUAUGUUUGUGUGUUAUUUUUACUUACAAACAAUUAUUAAAAAAUGUUGGUUGUGCACACAAUAAAGUGGCAAGUAUUUUUGAGUCCACUGAUCUGAACUUUCGUCUGAAUUCUUUAAAGGUUUCUCGCUCAACUGCCCAAACCUGUGAAGUUAGCAUAGGAAGAGUAACCAUAGCAAUCAAUAUUAUCUGUAUCCUCCACAAGUUUCCUUCUUCCUCUCAUUGCCAGUAACACUUCUUCCCAUUUGGAAGUAGAAAGUUACAUUUAUUUUUGAUGGAUCUUUGAUGAAGUUGUUCACGAGAUUAUGAAACUCAUCUGAUGCAAAAAUGUUUUUUUGGAUAUGUUCAUCUUUUUUACAGAAAUGUUACUUUUGUGUUUCUUUUCUCAUUAUUAUGAUGGAAAGAGAAAAUGUUGGUGCAACCAAUUCUUCAGACUCCAAACUGAAAAGCUCCUAUAGUUUUGGCAAAAGCUUUCUUGGACUGGACAAAUGUAAUGCUUGCAUUGGAACUUCUGCAUGCAAGAAAUUCUUUAAAGAAGAAAUAAGGUUUCAGAACUGGCUUGCACCUCAUUUAAGACUUCCUCCUGCUGAUCUACAGAGCUAUGCUGGAAACCACAGUGAUGAUGGGGAAAGCUGGAGACCUGUUGAGAUUUAUCGGCUAUCUAGUAAAAGUCAACACGAUCUGGCAGACAAAAGAAUCUGCAGCACCUUUACUAAGAAGAAAGUGUGCAGUAUAGAGAUGAUAUUGAGAAAAACAGAGAGAUUCCAAAAGUGGAAGACAGCAAAACGUCUCACCCCAGACUUAGUACAGGGUCUACCUGUGCAGUUUCUUCGCUGUCCCUCACAGCGCCUCUUAGAUCGAAUAAUACGACGUUACACCGAAGUGUUUGAUGCUUGCAGUGUGUACAUGACACACCUAACUGACAAGGAUAAAAUGAGACUGCUUUACACACUUUCUGUGAAUGCUCAUCCCAUUGUCCUUCAGAUUUUUCCUGGAGCAGAGGGAUGGCCUUUCCCAAAGUACUUAGGUUCCUGUGGGCGCCUGUUUGUAAGCACAAGUUCCCAUCCACUAAUGUCCUUCAACAACUCUGCUCCUGAAGUAGCAGCGGACCUGGUAUACCAACUUCUUCAAACCAUACACCAUUUGAGCAACAAUGAUUUGAAUUACUUCUUUUAUUUUACAAAAAUUGACGGAAGCACUUUUGGAACAUUUAGUGAUGGGCGUUUAUUUAUUAGAGAUAUCAGCAAUCUUGGCAUCAUCGACUUGCAAAACGAAAAAUCAAGCAGAGACAGAAACAUUGAAGAAACCGAUUUAUUUAGUUGCUUAUCGUCUGACUGUCCACCAAUAUUAUCAUCUUGUUCCAACAUAACUGAGAGGCAGAAUCUUAUUUUGGUGUGCAAAAACAUUCUCCCAUAUUUAUUAUCAGGGAAGUUUUCUCAUUCCACUCAGCAAGAAAUCGACAAGUUUAUUGGGGUCUGUUCAGACAAUCUCAUCACUGACCUGGAGGCAUGGAAAAUAUCUGAGAAACUAAUGAACAUCUUGAGGCCAUGGAGAGCAUGUGAUCCACGAUUUGCAUACAGAUAUCCAGAGUGUAAAUAUAGUUGAAUGACACUAAAUGCUCAGAAAAUGUGUUAUAGUACAAAGUGUGAUUUCGGAAGCAGUACGAGUAGCAACAUGUGCAAUUUAUACGUUGAGCCACUCUAAGUGUUUAUAGUACAUAAGGUAGAGGACAUAAUGCAUGGUAACUUUAUUACUUUAUUUGGAUUUAACAAAACUCGUGGUUUGCUCAUGCAGGGGCAAAGCAACAGAUUCACUUUAAUCAUGGCCCCAUCAGCAUGUUAUAUUAACCUUUCUUUUUCUUCCCCGCUACUUCGAUUGGCUAGUAGGAUGUAGAAGAAUUACCCAAUCCUUCUGAGCAUAGGGAGUAGGGAUGGGACAAACACCCCCUGGUUUGGUUCGCACCAGAACAUGAGAACAGGCAAAAAAUGAGUACAAACAUGCAAGC